AUGAAGAAGGACAACCUGACCUGGGUGGGUGAGUUUGUCCUACUGGGGCUCUCCAGUGACAGGCAGACCCAGGCUGGACUCUUCGUCCUGUUUGGGACCGCCUAUCUGCUGACCCUGCUGGGCAACGGGCUCAUCCUGCUCCUGGUCGGACUGGACGCCCGCCUGCACCUGCCCAUGUACUUCUUCCUCUGCAACCUCUCGGUGGUGGACAUCUGCUACACCUCCUGUGCGGUCCCCCAGAUGCUGGUGCACUUCCUGCUGGAGAAGAAGACCAUCUCCUUCGCCCGAUGUGCAACCCAGGUCUUCUCCUCGCUGGCCUUGGGGGGGACCGAAUUCCUACUGCUGGCCGCAAUGGCCUAUGACCGCUACAUGGCGGUCUGUGACCCCCUGCGCUACAUGGCAGCGAUGGACCCGAGGUGCUGCGUGGUGCUGGCAGCUGUCUGUUGGCUUGUGGGCACGGCUAAUUCUGUGGUAGAGACAGCGAUCACCAUGCGCCUGCCCACCUGUGGGCACCACGUGCUGAACCACGUGCGCUGCGAGACACUGGCACUCGUCAGGUUGGCCUGUGUGGACGUCACCCUCAACCAGGUAGUCAUUGUGGCCUCCAGCGUGUUGGUGCUGCUGGUACCCUGCUGCCUGGUCUCUCUGUCCUACGCCCACAUUGUGGGCGCCAUCCUGCGGAUCCGCACCACCAGGGGGCGCCGCAAAGCCUUCGGGACUUGUGCCUCCCACCUCACCGUGGUCUCCAUGUCCUACGGGAUGGCCCUGGUCACCUACAUGCAUCCCAGCUCCACCGACUCAGCCAUGCAGGACAAGGUGGUGGUGCUCUUCUAUACCGUGAUGACCCCCUUGUUGAACCCGCUCAUCUAUAGCCUGCGAAACAAGGACAUGAAGGCUGCACUGAGUCGGAUUCUGAUGAGGAGCUCUGGAUCAAAGCAGGAGCACGUGACUUUGUCCUAA